AUCACUUCUUCCACGAUCAAUAAGACGAAAGGAUGGAAUUGAUACGACAGAUAGGAAAUUUUCUUUUUUCAGUUUUGAUUGUUUCCUGUAGUUAUUCUAUUAGUGGAUACAGAAUAACUUUGAAAACAGAGCCAUAUCAAGCUGUAGCAAUUCACAACAAAUACAGACGUAUUUUGGCAAAUGGAGCGUACAAUUUCUACGUUGGUAACAUGAAUAAAUUGCAUUUGAAUGAAAGUUUACAACGCAAAGCUGAAGCAAUGCUAAAUUGUGAAUUAUUUAAAAGCACUGAGAAGGACCUGGUACCUGAAAAAAUGAACAUUGGUUUCAGUAAAGAUGGAAGCAUUGAUAGUAUUAUACUUGAAUGGUUUCGAGAGAUACGACAUUUUAUUCCUAAUUUUAUGACUUGUUUAGAUAUUGACUCUUGUCGUCGAUUCAUGACGAUGAUCAACUCUCAAUAUACCCAGAUAGGAUGUGCUUUCACAAAUCAAUGCACAAUUAACAAUAAAAAAGCCAGCGUUCUUGUAUGUCUUUACGAUGGAGGACAAAGUUUGGUUCCACCCAAUCUGAAACGAGGAUCCCCUUGCACAAAGUGUUCUGGCACAGAGAGUUUCUGUGACAACGGAUUGUGUGUUCCUUGUGAUGCAUCUUCAGAACAUUGUGAUUGCCGGAAAACCUGCAACAAGUCUGGAGUUGGAUCCGGCAUUCUUAAUAUUUCCACUUGUUCUUGUAGCUGUCAGUUUGGCAUGGGACCAAAUUGUGACGAGCCAUGUAAAAAUCCGGAACAGUACUACGAUUACGAUAUUUGUGGACCAAUAACUGAAUCACAGUGUCUAAGUGAUGACGAAGAAGAACGGUCAUUACUUAAGGAGUUCUGCCCGGAACAGUGCCUUUGUAAAAAAAUUGCCAACGCUACAGUCCAAGGUGCAAGCGGAAGUUACGAUAUUGACUUUUUAGACAGCUAAUAUUCGGGCAG